AUGGACUGGCUUCUCGGCAAUCAUCGAUCGUCUAGCCCUGUUGGCAAUGCAGGGGGACGGCUCAACGAUUUCAAAAGCGACCUCCACGAUGCCUACCGCUCGAUGAAUACUCUAGAGCGCCAGCUCUGGAACGAGGCGUAUUCCACCACGGUGCAUCAACUAGGGUUGCGCCCCAAUAUGCAGUGGAAUCGCGGCAUCAUGUGGACAUGUAUGGGAGCAUGCGGUGUCGUUUUCCUCGUGUGGCAGUUCGCUCAAAAGGACGUGACAGUGCCAGGUAUCCCGGCGGAAUACCAGACCUUUCGAGCACGAAUGCGUCUACGGGACUGGAUGAUUAGCAAUUUCACUAGUAAAACCGACGAUAUACAGUCUGGCCGAUGGUGGAACAUGGUCACAUCGGCGUUCAGUCACAUCCAGCCCUGGCAUUUGAUCGCCAACCUCAUAACGUUCAAAACGUUUUCACAUUAUCUGAUCUACAGUGGGAUCCCACCCCUUCGGUACAUAUCGCUGAUACUGGGGUCCGCUGUUGCGGGUAGUCUGGUUUUCACGUUGCAACAAGGCCAGCUGGAACGGCGUGACCACAUCAAACGCCUCGGUCUUGGUCUUUCUGGAGUGUGUAUGGGACUUGGUGUUGCGGCAGCCGCAGUCGUACCCAGAGCUCAAGUGGCCAUCAUGGGCGUCGUCCCGGUACCACUCUGGGCACUAGUGUUGGGAUAUGUGGCCUUCGACAGCUACAUGUUGGACAGCCCGGCGUCCAAGACUGGCCACGGAGCGCAUAUUGGAGGUGCUGCUUUUGGGGGUCUUUAUUUCCUCCUCAUGUUACGGGGAAAGCUGCCUUUGGCCAAGUGGUUUUGA